CUCACUUUAUUUUCGAUAUGGAGGCUGUGGCAGUUCACGCAUUUAAACCGACAGAGCCGGAUGAAUUGGGAUUUGAGAAAGGGAGCAUACUACAUAUAAUUGAGAUGGAGGAAGAUCCUAAUUGGUACAAGGCACGACAGGGACAAAGAGAAGGCAUGGUUCCUGCAAAUUACAUCACUUUGUAUGCACACCCGUGGUAUGUUCCUAAAUGCAGUCGUCGCGAAGCCGAAGCCCGGUUACUGGAAAUUGAUCCUCAGACCAACGCCGAUGUCCAACCCAAUGGAGCGUUUGUUGUGCGUCAGAGUGAAAACGAGCUGGGUCAGUUUAGUAUAUCCGUCAAUAAACAUGAUAAUUUUCAACUCCUCGCAGCUCACUUUAUUUUCGAUAUGGAGGCUGUGGCAGUUCACGCAUUUAAACCGACAGAGCCGGAUGAAUUGGGAUUUGAGAAAGGGAGCAUACUACAUAUAAUUGAGAUGGAGGAAGAUCCUAAUUGGUACAAGGCACGACAGGGACAAAGAGAAGGCAUGGUUCCUGCAAAUUACAUCACUUUGUAUGCACACCCGUGGUAUGUUCCUAAAUGCAGUCGUCGCGAAGCCGAAGCCCGGUUACUGGAAAUUGAUCCUCAGACCAACGCCGAUGUCCAACCCAAUGGAGCGUUUGUUGUGCGUCAGAGUGAAAACGAGCUGGGUCAGUUUAGUAUAUCCGUCAAAGAUGGCCCUUCGGUAUUACAUUUUCGUGUAUUUUCGGAUCCCAACGGAAAAUACCACAUUUGGACAAACAAAUUUCAGUCAAUCAAUGAAUUGGUUGAUUAUCAUAGGCGGCAAACGAUCUACGGGGACAAGACGCUCCUGUUACGAGAUUGCAUGCCGAGUAAGGAAUUCGGUCGUGUUGGAUUGGGCCCGAACGCUGUGUUUAAUGAUCCUCGUACUCAAUCGAAUUCAGUACCAAAGGCGAGCAGAGACUCGGCUGCACGCAACUCUUCAAGUUUUCACAAAGAACAACCGGCUGUCGGUUCAUUUCCGCCUGGAAUCACUUCCACUCACUUGGCCGGACGUUACUGCGUCGCCAAAUUCGACUUCCCGGCUGAGUUUGAAGGUGAGAUUUCAUUCAAGCGCGGUGACCGUCUUCGAAUACUGGGUGAAGAGGAUGAUAAUUGGUGGUUCGCCCAACUAGUUCCCUCACAACCGUCCGAUGAGCAUACUCCAUCACGGGGGCUUAUCCCAGCCAAUUAUGUGGAACUACUUCCCCAACACACAACGGGUUCACAUCCAUCGGUUUCUCGUUCCGCGGGACAUUUGACUCAUCCAUCGCGUGCCACGUGAACCUCUGAGAAUAGCUACCUAGCGGCUUUCAUACCUGUCUCGUCUAUUUUCAAGACAUGUGCGUAGCCAUAUUUGUGGUUGAUCCCUUCUGUGAAGUCUUUUUAUACUUUUUUCCUGUCAAUGUGAGUCGUAUUCAUAGGCUCUGAAGUGAAACAUCACUACACCAGUGCUCUGCAGAUGGAACUGAUCCAUCGAAAUGGGUUUGUAGAAGCACUGGGGCCAAGAUUCUUGCGUUAUUUCCUACUUCCUGGCUGUGUUGCUUUUUUGGUUGAUGUUCGACCAAAUUUUAAGAACCCGCUGUAAUGGUGUUAUUCACGCCUUUUCCUUUGUUUUUAUUUCUUCAAAACUCAUACACACUGUCGCAAGUACUAAUGUGGAUUGAUCGCAUUUGAUUGUAUAAUAAUUUUCUCCCGUUAUUCGCUUAAAC